AGCCGAGUCAAGUCCGUACGGUCGGCAGCUUCUUCUUCCCCAUCGUCACAUCCCGAUUCCCCCAUCCCACCACCGCGAGAAAUUCGUUUCUAGGGUUUGGUUCCCCCGUCCGAUCUCUCUGGAUCAGCCAUGGAUAAGGGCCUCUUCGCCAACGACGGCUCCUUCAUGGAGCGGUUCAAGCAGAUGCAGCAGGAGAAGGACAAGGAGAAGGCCACCCCCACCAGCGCCUCAGCCCCGGCCGCGGCGCCCAAGGCUGUGAACCCCAAGUCGCCUAUUGUCAUCCCCAUGAACAAGAGGCCGCUUGAGGUGAAGAAGGCGGCGCCCGUCUUGUCGGGCGGGAAGCUGGCCUUCAGCCUGAAGAAGAACAAGGCCCCCAUCUUGCCCGUCAAGUUCGGGGCCGAGGAGGACGAGGACGAAGACGAUGUGGGCGGUGUCAAGAGGGAGGAUCACGCCAAGCGGCACAAGUCUGCUGAUGCCUCCUCAGCAGCUGCCCCAGCAGGGGCUGUUGCCUCAGCAACACCAAAUGAUAUGACUGUCAGGCAGGUUGCUGACAAAUUAGCAAGCUUUGUCGCAAAAAACGGGAGACAGUUUGAGGAUAUCACACGGCAGAGGAAUCCUGGGGAUACACCAUUCAAGUUUCUAUUUGAUAAGAACUCUUCAGACUACAAAUAUUAUGAGACCCGGCUUGCUGAAGAGGAAAAAGUGCUUGCACAAACAAAAGAUGCUCAGGCUUCAAAAAUUGUUAAUUCUAGCACUGAAAGCUCCAGAGCACAUAGUGGUUCACAUAGAAGCUCGUUUGAACCCAAAUCGAACUACCAAACACCAGCUUCUGCUUUAUAUGGGGCAUAUGAGGGCGGUCCUUCUCAGGGAAGCUCAUCUAGUCAUGGUGAUCACAGUGCGUCUGCACCUUCAGACCCAGUAGCAUUGAUGGAAUUCUACAUGAAGAAAGCUGCACAGGAAGAACGGAAGAGACCACCAAGACAGUCGAAAGACGAAAUGCCACCACCUCCUUGCCUUGUUCAGGGUCCUCCUAAGAAGGGACACCACAUGGGUGACUUCAUUCCUCAGGAAGAACUUGAGAAAUUCAUGGCACGCUGUAAUGAUGCUGCAGCACAAAAGGCUACCAAAGAAGCUGCAGAGAAGGCUAAAAUUCAGGCUGACAAUAUUGGGCACAAGCUUCUGUCUAAGAUGGGCUGGAGGGAAGGUGAGGGUCUUGGCAGCGAGAGAAGUGGCCGUGCAGAUCCAGUUAUGGCUGGAGAUAUUAAACAGGACCAUCUUGGUGUUGGUGCUGUCCAACCUGGUGUGGUCUCAUCUGAAGAUGACAUCUAUGAGCAAUACAAGAAGCGAAUGAUGCUUGGCUACCGCCAUAGGCCAAACCCACUGAACAACCCAAGGAAACAAUACUACUGAUACAAAGGAGGCCAGCCGAGGGGGAAGACGUAAGAAGUCAAUUUUGCUGCAUUUUUGCUCACAGAACUAACUACUACUCCGGGAUAUCACUAACACUAUUGAAAGCUUUGUUCACCAGCAGAAAAGCCAAGAAGUUCAUUUUGUUCAGCAAGUAACUUGGGAUGCCACAGCUCUGGGGCUUCCUGGGUUCCGCAGUAGCUUUGCUUUUGUACUGUUCGUUUUUGUCAAGUUAAAUACUCUGAAUGUUCUAUGUAGUGUUUUAUUUUAAAGUUUCUUUAAAAUGGUUAUGUGUUUCUACCUCUGGUGAUGGACAAUGUAACUUUUGUGAUUAUGCAACUUCUGUCAGGAUUUACUUCAAUUAAGUAAUGUUUUCUUA